GCACUGCUUAAUGUAUUUUUAACCUAAGUCGAUAAAUCGGAUUGAAGCUUAUAACAAAUCUGUUCGCUUAUGCGCACUUCAUUUGAGUUUCAGUAUCUGGCUUAUACACACAUGUACACACAUAUAUUACAAAUCGUAAAGAAAAAAUGAAGAGAAGUAUUUUAACGGUGAUAGUGUGUGUGGGAUAUCUUGGAGUUGCCUCAUCGGAUGUACCGUUCACUCAGGAUACCUAUGCUUUGCAGAAUUCAGAAAAACCUGCCCUUGAUGCAAACGGAGGGGCUUACCAAUAUAGCCAACCACCCAAUUAUAACUACUUGCCACUCGAUACACCCGGAAGCUAUCAAUAUAACCCGCCACCAAAUAACAACUACCUGCCUCCGUCAGCACCAUCUCCAGUUAAUGGUCCACUGUCAGGCUUUUAUAAGCCAGUUUACCCAGUACCAUAUCAUACACACGAUUCGUGGUUUUGGGAUAAACUUAAAUCAAAAAUAAGUCUUUUUACUAUUGGAAAACUUGUCUUAAAACUGCUGAUUUUCAAAAAGAUCGUAAAGUUUAUUGGCAUUAUCUGUUUAUUACUAGUGUUGCCAAAACUUAAAACUUUAUUUCACGAUAGUGGAAGUAUGAGCUCAGAAGAAGAAGGUUUAAGCAGCAAACAUGUUGAGACAGAUAAGGAAAAAAUGGAAAAGCACAUUAAUGAUAUACAUGAGUUUAUAGUCAGCGCAAUUCAAGAGUUCGAUGAAAGAUAAAAUAAAAUGGAUGUUAAAAAAGCUAAAUUAA